GAGAAACUUCAAGGCGCAAAGUGCAAUUUAGACAUCCCUCGUCAAAGAUUCCUCCCUCCAACCGUCCUGCUGAUUCCGAUUCUUCGUCCUCGUCCUCUACCACGGCCAGUCACUCCCCAUCCGCUGCCGCAAUCCGACUGGUUCUUCUCCUCAGCCGGCAGCGAGAGUUUGGCGGUGGAAGGGGAAUCGUUCUUCUUCCUCCUCAUCUCCGUCGCAUCAUCUUCAGUUCUACAUUUCAGCGGAGUUUGGCUGUGCGAGUCGAAUAUGAACGUGACGGCAGCAGCAGCGUCUUUAGGUUCAGGCGCCGGUCAACAAAUCGGAGCUCACAACGUCUUCGUCUACGGCAGCCUGCUGGCCGACGACGUCGUCCGUGUCCUCCUCAAUCGCGUCCCUCAGUCGUCCCCCGCCGUCCUCCAUGACUUUCACAGGUUCAGCAUCAAAGGGCGAGUUUAUCCGGCAAUCCUCCCCGUUGAGAAGAAGAGCGUCACCGGCAGGGUACUCAUGGGAAUCACCAAUCCUGAAUUAGAUAUCUUAGACACGUUCGAGGAUGUCGAGUAUGAUAGGAGAGAUGUGGAGGUCACACUGGUGGAGAGUUCCAAAAAGUUGAGGGCUGCAGCUUAUGUGUGGAGCAACAGUUCUGAUCCUAACUUGUAUGGCGAGUGGGAUUUCAAGGAAUGGACGAGGAAGCACAUGGAGGACUUCAUCAAGAUGACAGCAGGUUUCAUAGAGGAGCUUGAGUUGCCUGACUCCAAGACCAGAGUUACAACCUAUGAGACCUUUUAUCAGAAGAAUGGCAACGAUUCCCCGGCAUCUUGACUUCAUUUAUCAAGUGUAAAUUCUAAACCAUGUUGGAAAUAACCAUCUUCGGGAUCAUUAUUUCCCCCUUCAUUCUUGCCAGUUCGGAUACUGAAUGGCACCGCUUAAUAAUGACGAGACCACAUUGAGGCAGUGAUUUUAAUACAAUAUCUUCGUUAUGCGUUUAACUUA